GGCGGAGCCACAGCCGCCCGGCCAACCUCAGCUGUUUGUCGGCCCUGCCAGCCAUGCCUGCCCCCGGCGGGGACGUGACCGCCCUGUUCCUGGGCCCCCCGGGGUCGGGGAAGUCGCGGCUGAUCCGGGCCCUGCGACGGCCGGACACGAGGGAGCCGGACACCGGGGUCCCCAGCCUGUUCCCCGCGGGCCCGGGGCUCUUCCUGGGUGAGCUGAGCUGCCCACCCAAUGCCCCGGGCCCUUGGGCAGCUCAGGCUGAUGUGCUGGUCCUGGUCCUGCCAGGGGGGCCGGGGGAGGAGCUGGCAGAGGCUGGCAGGGCCGCCCUGGCCCGGGGGACCCCGGUGCUGGCCGUGCUGACCCUCGGCCUCCAGGAUGGCGAGGAGGGCGAGGAUGAAGAGGAGACCCGGGCCCGCGGGCAGCUGGCCACCGCAGGCCUGGACUCCAUCCCCACCUUCGUCCUGGCCGGCGCCCAGCCCCGUGGGGCCCAGUGGGCAGCGCUCAGAGCCGCCCUGGAGACAGAAGUGGCCGCCCUGGAGAGGGUGCUCCCACCGGCCCAGGAGGGCUUCGAGGUGCUGGGUGAGGAGGAGUUGGCGGCCGUCCGGGAGGCCUUCGAGGCCGGAGGCCUAGAGGCUGUGCUGUCCUGGGUCCGCGCUAGCCUGGAGCGGCUGGGGAGUGCCCAGGUAGACCUGGGGGUGGUGGGCGAGGGGGCCGGGGCCGUGCUGGAUGCCCUGCGGGGCCUGGGGGAGGGAGACGAAGGGGCCGCCCCGGCCGAGCCCCCGCCCCGGCCGGUCCCCUACCCGGUCCCCGACCACCCGAACGUGGUGCUGUGGGCGCUGCCCGCCGGGCCCCCCGAGGACGCCCACCCGCGCUGCCACGCCGUGGUCCUCGUGUCCCCCGGCCCGCCGGGGCCGGAAGAGGUGGCCCAGGGGCAGGUGCUGAGUGAGGCGGGCACCCCCUGCUUCCACGUGCGGACAGACGGGGUGGGGCCGGGGCCCGGCGGCGGGCCGGAGGGCCCCGAUGACGAGAGCUGGGAGGUCCUGGGUGGGGAGGACCCCGAGCCGCCCCCCACGGCCUUCCCUCUGCAUCCUGGAGGUCUGCCCGGCCUCCAGGAGGCCCUCCGCCGGGCUCUCGCCCCGGCCCAGGCGACCGCCCUGCUCCUCGCCCUGCCUCCGGCCUCCCCCACCGGGGCCCGGGACAAAGCGGAAGCCCUGAGAGGGCAGGCCUGGCGCCCGGCCCUGCUGGCCAGCCUGGCCGCCACAGCCCCCGUGCCGGGGCUGGGCUGGGCCUGCGACGUGGCCCUGCUGAGGGGUCAGCUGGCCGAGUACCUUCGGGAGCUGGGCCUGGAGCCGGGGGUCCUGGCCCGCAGGGAGCGAGCCCUGGGGCUGCCCCCGGGCACGCUGGCGGCCUUGGCCCGCUCCGCCCUGUCCCACGGUGCCACCCGCGAGGCGGUGGAGGAGCGGCUGAGGGGCUGGGCGGGCGAGGGCCGCGCUGGGGGGGUCCUGCUGGGGGCCCUGGGCUUCCUGUUCCCCAUGGGAGGGGCGGUGGCCACCGGCGGGCUGGGCUACCGGGCCGCCCACGGGGUCCUCAGUCAGGGCCUGGCCGAGCUGCAGGCCGACGCCGAGGCGGUGCUGGGGGCCCACCCGGAGGCCCCGGAGUCCUGAGGGCCCCGAUCCACCCAACCUUGGCGGGGGCAGAGCGUCGUGGAAAAUAAAACUGCCGGGACUGGCCAACCGGA